ACAGAGAGAGAUUGACUGUCAAACUGAGUGGUUGUGCCUUCCUCGUGCUCCUGAUUUUAUACGCUGUUUUGCCGUGUUAUUUCUGGAAUCUCAACAUUUGCAACAGUGGUGCUGCUGAGUUGUUCGUACUGGCUAGUGCGUGCCUUCGAUUAAUAUAAAGCUGCUUCUGUUUAUUCAACAUUUUUGCCGAGAAAGUGUUUGGCUUCGUUUCUGCUCCUGUCACUCAUCAGAUUGUGCUGAGUCAUCAUUAUGCAGUGCUCAACCUGCAAUGCACCCACCGAUAGUGCUAAUUCGGUGUCCUGUGCCGGUGUUUGUGGUUCCAAGCAUCACACCCAUUGCACGGGGUUGUCCCGUGGUUCUACUCGUGAGCUUGGGCGUAAUAAUCAAUUGUUGUGGUUGUGCAAAACAUGUCACGAGUUUCGCAUUGGCACAAAUUCACUUCUCACAAAUCGGCUAUCAAGAGCGAUUUGCUUCCUGAGAUCCUCGCUCUCGUUGAUAAGCGAGCGCUAACACCCAUAUUAGCUAAGCCGUCUGUUAGCAACGCAUCGCGAUCGCACACAUCCACUAAUGUAUCGUCGCUCAAUGCCACAAAUACAUCCAGAACGACUAAAACAGCUUCCGCUCGCCGUACAUUUACUAACUCAACGGAGCUCACUGAUGAUAUCCAAGCUGCGAACGAUACCAACACUGUGGAUGAUUCUGACAACUGUAACGACUACAAUCAUCGUACUAAGCCGACUAGUGAUGUUAGUGCUGGAAACUAUCGAACAAAUACACAAGCAUCUUCUGAUCCUGUUUUGAACCAAAACACCACCAACACGGGCAUAGCCGAGAAAGUAUGGUUAUACUUCACGAACAUCAAAUCGCAUGUCUCGGCUGAUGAUAUGCGUGUGUGGCUUAAAGCUGUGCUACCAACGGACGAUAUUAAUGUUUACCGUCUCACGAAAAAGGGUGUGAACCUGGACUCGAUGUCCUUCAUAUCGUUCAAAGUGAGUGUUCCUAAAUCUCUUAAGGAGCUUGCGCUGCAGUCUACUAUUUGGCCAGUUUCACUUACUGUUCGGGAGUUUGUUGCUCGUGGCCUACCAAAGCAACGUGUACAUGAAAGGGCUCGAUUUGACCCUUCUGAGCUUAUUUCGCAGUGA